AUGUCAUCGAAGGUCACCCCGCUAGCAGUACGGUCAUUUAGUAGGAGUGCUAGACUCGGGUCGAUCCAGCUUGCACUCGUGGAGAAGCCAUCGGCGAUUAGAACCCACCAAAUCCCAGGAGAGAGGACUCCGCUGGCCAAAUACGGGGGCCGUCAUACCGUAGUCGCCUUACCCGGUGAUGGAAUUGGACCGGAAAUGAUUGACCAUAUCAAGAAAAUAUUUCAUUUUAGUCAUGCUCCUAUCAAUUUCGAAACAGUUCAAGUUUCUUCCGAAUUGGUGGAAGGGGAUUUGGAAGCAGCGAUAAAGGCGAUAGAAAGAAAUGGUGUAGCCAUCAAGGGAAACAUAGAGACAAAGCAUAAUGAUCCAACUUUCAAGUCAAGGAAUGUAGAACUUCGCACAAGGCUGGAUCUCUACGCUAAUAUAUUGCACUGUGUCACUAUUCCCACAAUACCCACAAGACACAAAAACAUCGACAUAGUCCUCAUUCGCGAAAACACUGAGGGAGAGUACUCUGGUCUCGAACAUGUAACUCUUCCCGGCAUCGUCGAAAGUAUCAAGCUAGCCACUCGUCCAUGCGUCGAACGUAUUGCUCGCAUGGCGUUCGAGUAUGCAAAGUUAAAUAACCGUAAGAAGGUUACUGCGGUUCACAAAGCGAAUAUACAAAAAUUAGGAGACGGACUGUUUUUACAAGUGGUCAAAGAUAUGGCCAAAGCUGAUUAUCCAGAGAUCGAAUUCGAAGCAAUGAUUGUUGAUAAUGCCUGCAUGCAAAUGGUAUCAAAACCGCAACAAUUUGAUGUCAUGGUGAUGCCUAACCUCUAUGGAAACAUUAUUUCCAACAUUGCUUGUGGUCUCGUUGGAGGUCCCGGCCUCGUCUCCGGUAUGAAUAUCGGCACUAAGUACGCCGUUUUCGAAACGGGCACAAGAAAUACCGGCACAUCAUUGGCAGGCAAGGAUCUCGCUAAUCCGACAGCAUUCAUACGCGCCAGUGUCGACAUGCUACGGUACCUUGACUGCGAUCACCACGCUAACAUGAUCUCAGAUGCUUUGUGGAAGGCUCUAGUAGAACAGAAAGCUCAUACUAUGGACAUCGGAGGCACUCAUAAGGCUUCCGAAGUUGUGAAAAUGACGAUAGAAAACAUCGAUGCCAUGAUGCGAAACAUGCGAUGA